AUGGAUGGUCUGAAUCAAAAGGCUCUUGAAGAUAAAUGGUUUAGCAGUGUGUUAAGCAAAAAAAGAUCAGCAGAAGCAAGACUUCAUCGUAAACGUCAACUUCAAUCCAAGAGAGCAAAGAAGUACAAUGGACUGCAGAAGGAGAAUGUAGGCAAAACUACCCCAAUUAGUAGUCAUGAUAAUGCUCAUGCAAGAAUUCCAUUUUCUACCAUCUCUCAGAACAUUCCAAGUUCCAGCAAUUCGGUUAUAACAACUUUGCAGAAAACUCAUGCUUCCUCGGUGAUCAGUAAUCUUGCAAAUUCGUUGAAUAAAAAACGUCCAAGGGUGGUUACAUGCAGAAACAUCAAUAUGACAGGGACGAAUUUAAAGAAUAGAUUUGAUAACGUUGUUGGUGAACGUGGUUCUACAUCUUCAAAAAACUCUCCCUUACAUACUACUGAAAUCAAUGAACUUUUUGGAGAUGACAACGAAGAGGAAAAUAUGCAUGAUGAUUCGUCUGAGAGUUGGAGUUCAGAUGACAGCAUGGUUAUGGACGAAGAUGAAGAAGAUAUGGACAAUCAAGCUGUAGUAGUCAAUGCACUACCAUCAGGAGAUUUUUACGACAUAGGUGAUCCAGUGUUUGAAUGUCCAAAAUGUGGUGCAAACAUGUGGUAUUUAGAAAGGAAGACCAAGUGUCGGCAAACAUUAAGUCCUAAGUUCACGAUGUGUUGCGGUGAUGGUAAAGUUCAAAUUCCUUUAUUGAGAGAACCUCCACCGGUGUUACAGAAACUGCUGUUUGACCAAACAAACCCUGAAUCAAAACUAUUUCAACAACAAAUACGUCUUUUCAACAUGAUGUUUGCAUUUACGUCUCCGGGUGCUAAAAUGGACAACCGUUUUAAUAAUGGUAGAGGUCCUCCAAAUUACCGAAUUCAAGGACAAUCAUGUCAUCGUAUAGGUAGCAUGUUACCAUUGCCAGGACAAAACCCCCGAUUUGCACAACUCUAUAUAUAUGAUACUGAACAUGAAAUACAGCAUAGAUUAAACGGAUUCAAGACAAAAGAAGGAAUAGAUAUUGACAUAGUGAAAAAACUCUCUUCUAUGUUGUAUCAACACAAUGUUCAUGCCCAGAGUUUUAAGAUGGCAAGGGAUAUACUUUCAGAAGGCAAUGUUUCUGACCUAAAGCUCCGUCUUAUUUCCGAGCGGCGCACCGAUGGGAGAAUUUAUAAUCAACCAACUGUUUCUGAAGUUGCUGCUCUAAUUGUUGGUGAUGUUGACACUGCUGAGAAGAGGGACAUAAUAAUGCACAAACAGACUGGACAACUUCAAAGAAUAGAUGAAUAUCAUACAUCAUAUUUGGGAUUUCAAUAUCCAUUGCUUUUCCCCUAUGGCGAAGAUGGUUACAGGCCGAACAUUAGACACCGUAGUCAAGAUUCCAACAAUCGGCGUAACUCAGAAUCAAUGACUGGAGUAGCCGACAAUGAGGAUGUUCCCCAGAAAGGAUGA